GGGCUAACAAACUUCUUGCAUCUCUAAACGCCGCGUAUCACUUCCUCUUCUUCUACACUCACCACACUGACUGCUGCUAUUGCUACUUCUCGACCUCUCAAAGCUUCUUCAACUCUUACCCCACUGGUUCACGGUAAAAACUAUCCCCCCUCUCUCUAUCUCUUUCUAGGGCUACUUCAGCAAUUUUUACUUCAAUUUCUCAGAUUUUGUAUCAUGAUUCCUGAAUUAAGGCUAUGGAGGCAAAUACUGUUGAAGAAGAAGAAUAUGUAUUGCUCGAUCUCGAUUCCGUUUCCUCGCAGUUUGAAAUUCUGCCAAACGCACCCUAUUCUUUUUCCGGUCUGAACACGGAGCAUCCAGUAUUGAGUAUAGGUGACAAGCUCAAGUUGAUAGGAGAAUAUCAAGAAACGGUUGGAACGUGCCUUAUAUUCAAACAAGAAGAUGCUAGCGCUGCGGUUCAUGAAGAAACGGGGUCAUCAGAAGCAAACCCUUUUGCAGGCAAAUGCAUAAUGGAUCCAAAUCAAUCUCCAGGCAAGCAAGUAAAACCAGUUAGUAGCCUUCAACGGAUUUUAAAAUUUAGAUUGGCACCCGAUCUCGACUCUCAUGAUCCACCUGAACAGUCUCGGGAUCCGGUGCUACAUACGGUGCAAUCAGUGGCCGAAUGACCAAGAUUGGAUUACUUGCACGCGAAGCUAAAAGCUCAAUGCUGUUGUACAGCCCUUUUCUGGUCGUUUUUUGGUUAGACUUUUUCUUUCCCUUUUGACUUGGGUGGCGCCAUGAGCUUCAGAGAAAAUUAGAAAAGAGAAUUACUUAUUCGGUAAGGCUUCCACAUUUGCUUGCUUCCAAACAAUUUAAAUUUAUAUCUUGUUUUUGUAUAUUGUUUUCCAUGACUCGUCCACUCCUACCUUGGUGGGCCUGGCACAAAUGUAAUAUUGGAACCCUUUUGUCCCUUCCUCUA